AUGUCUGAUACUCCAUCCCCAUCAGCUACUCCUACUGCACAGAGCGGCUCGCGUGCACGGUAUGAAAAAAGGCACAGGGCGCGCCACCUUAAAUCCCGCAAUGGCUGCUACACCUGCAAGCAACGAAGAGUCAAGUGUGACGAGGUAAGGCCUGUUUGUGGUGCAUGCUCUUUUCGUGGUGAAUCAUGUUCAUUUCCGCCUCCAGCGCCACCCACCUCGGUGGACUCAGAAGACUCUCGGCGCUCGCGAAACCCUAGGCGGGUGGCUCCUGUACCAAACCCCUUGCAGCCGUUGGAAUUUUAUCUUCCUGGGUCCCCAGAACCAUCGCUGCAUGGACGGAUAAUCAAUAUGGCUGACAUGAACCUUUUGACCAAGUUCAUGCUGCAGACAUCGAAGAAGAUGAGUCUUCAUCCGAGACGAAUGUUAAUCUGGCAGCAAGUUAUCCCAGACAUGGCUGCACAAAAGGAAUACUUGAUGCAUCUACUCCUCGCACUCGCUGGAGCACAUACGCUAUAUGAAUCAGACAUGGCAAGAACUGGAACACUGAACAAAGACGAUAACCAAUCCAACACUUCAUCUAUAGACAAUUCUGCGAUUCGUGAUCUUCAUCGCGUUAUUGAACAUCACCAAAGGGGGCUCGAAGGGUUCCGAGAGGCUCUAUCCGAUAUGUCUGCCUCCACGGCAGAAUAUGUGUUCUGCGGCUCACUCUUAAUCGUUGCCUUUGCCUUUGCUUCUUUAUCCAUCCGAGACCUGAAUAUGACAGAGCUGGGAUUGAGCAACGGAGAAAUUUACGAAACUCCGUUUACUGACUGGCUUCAUUUGGUUCGAGGGCUGACCAGUGUGCUUCAAGAGCAUUGGUUUACCCUCAAAACCAGCAGACUGAGAUCCAUGUUACAUUACGACUACGCUAACGACGAUUGGAGACACACCCUUUCAUUAGCCCGUGUCCCGCGUUUGACCUAUGGCUCCCGUGUAGUGUUGAUAUUUACGCAGGGUGCCACUCACUCUCUUUCUAUGCUACGCACCUACGCAGCCACAUUAUCUUCGAGCCCUGCAGCAAACGAGGCCAAUGCUACGUCGCCCCAGAGUUCGUCGGAUACUCAGACCGGAAAUGCUGAUAAUCCAAGUCAGGAGCAUGCAAAUACCAUCGAUAAACUAGAGGAGAUAUAUAUGCGUAUCCUUAAUGUGUUUCACUUUUCCGACAGUGGGCGUGAUUGCUCUGCAUCGCGGGAUUUUCAGAUCGAUCUAGAAGAGGCCGCCGUCGCGUCCUGGCCUAGUAUGGUAUCAAAUGCCUUCAUUACCUCCCUUAAGCCACGGGGCCAAGUUGAGAUUGCUGAAGGAUUCUCAUACACGAUUUUGGCUCAUUUCUAUCUGGUUUUCCUGUUGUUGGGGGAUUUGUGGUAUCUUAAUCGGGCCUUUCACAAGGAGAUCCAAAAGAUCUUUCGGCUUCAAGUCAAGAGGAAACUGGUCGACAUCUGCCAUCAUCACAGCUCAACUUCGACCGAGAUGGACUCCACCGAAGGAAUGUUCGAGUUUAAGCUAUACCGCUAUACACCGUCGCUUGGGGCAGCAGUCCUGUUCCUUAUUCUAUUCGCCCUAAUUACUCUAUAUCACCUCUACCAAGUGAUUCGCUUAAGGUCCUGGUAUUUCCUUGUGUUCGUAUUUGGAGGAGUGUUUCAAGUUAUCGGCUACAUCUGCCGUGCACUGGCGCAUAACGACACCAACUCUAUACCGAUCUACUCCAUAGGAACGAUCAUGAUCCUCCUCGCGCCUCCACUCUACGCCGCCUCGAUCUAUAUGACUCUCGGUCGACUGAUCAAGUACCUGGACGCGGAAGCGCUCAGCAUUGUGCCUACAAGGUGGUUAACACUGAUAUUCGUAAUCGGCGACGUGGUCGCAUUCGUCAUGCAGGCAGCAGGCGGCGGGAUCAUGGCCAGCGGGAGCCUCAGCGCCAUGAACACGGGCGAGACAGUCACCAUCGUUGGUCUCGCAGUACAACUAGCAUUCUUCAGCGUCUUUAUCGUCACCUCGACGAUCUUCCACUGGCGAAUCCACCACAACCCGACGGAAAGAUCACUCAUCAAAGGCCAGUCCAAGUGGACGGAGACGACCUGGGUAACCGUAAUGGGUGUGCUUUAUGUGUCGAGUGUGCUCAUCCUUGUGCGAUCGAUUUUCCGUCUCAUCGAGUAUGCCCAGGGGAAUGCUGGGUAUCUGAUUAGCCAUGAGGUGUUCAUGUAUGUCUUUGACUCCAUGCUGAUGUUCUUCACUAUGGUUGUUAUGGGCUUCUAUCACCCUUCGAAGCUCCUCAAUCCGGGGAGGAUGGGACGGCAGUCGGGUGACACUACGACGCAGUUGUAUCGACUAGAGUCGGCUUAG